GCUUUGAUGUGCACACAGUCCCAAAAAAAAGCGGCUUCUUUCUUCUAUCCUGCUCCAAAAGAAGAAACAUAUCAGAAAAAUGGGUGCCUCUCUUCUUCCUCCACCAGCGUUUCUGGCAGUGUUUCUCUUCUCAUUUGUCACUUUGUCUGUCAAUCCUGAGCCUGCACUUGCCGUUUCUAAGCACUACAAAUUUGAUGUUAUGCUGCAAAAUGUGACACGCCUUUGCCAUACCAAGAGCAUGGUUACAGUUAAUGGGAAGUUCCCGGGGCCUCGCAUUGUAGCUAGAGAGGGUGAUCGUCUUGUUAUUAGAGUGGUCAACCAUGUCCAAAACAACAUCUCUAUUCACUGGCAUGGGAUUCGACAGCUUCGCAGCGGGUGGGCCGACGGACCAGCAUACGUAACUCAGUGCCCUAUACAAACUGGACAAAGCUAUGUGUACAACUACACCAUUGUAGGACAAAGAGGCACUCUUUGGUGGCAUGCCCAUAUUUCAUGGUUAAGAUCAACUCUCUAUGGUCCAAUAAUCCUUCUUCCCAAACUCGGCACUACUUACCCAUUUGCUAAACCUUACAAGGAGGUUCCAAUUAUCUUUGGGGAGUGGUUUAAUGCAGAUCCAGAGGCGAUCAUUAACCAGGCAAUGCAAACUGGUGGAGGCCCAAAUGUCUCUGAUGCUUAUACCAUCAAUGGACUUCCAGGGCCCUUGUAUAACUGCUCUGCCAAAGAUACUUUCAAGCUGAAGGUAAAGCUAGGGAAGACUUACCUUCUUCGCAUGAUCAAUGCUGCCCUCAAUGACGAGCUCUUCUUCAGCAUAGCAAACCACACAGUCACAGUUGUUGAUGUUGAUGCUGUUUAUGUCAAGCCAUUUGAUGCCGAGACACUUCUCAUUACCCCUGGACAAACCACAAAUGUUCUUCUGAAAACCAAACACGACUACCCAAAUGCCCAAUUUUUCAUGUCUGCUAGACCUUACGCGACUGGUCAAGGAACUUUCGAUAAUUCAACUGUUGCUGGCAUUUUAGAAUAUGAAGUACCAAACAAAACCAGUCAAUCAAACCACUCCACCAAGAAACUCCCACUCUAUAAACCAAAUCUACCACCUCUAAACGACACUUCAUUUGCUACAAAUUUUUCUAGCAAACUCCGCAGCUUAGCCAGUGCAGACUACCCUGCCAAUGUUCCUCAAAAGGUUGACAGGCAAUUUGUCUUCACUGUAGGCCUUGGAACCAACCCAUGCUCUAAAAACCAAACGUGCCAGGGACCAAACGGAACGAGGUUUGCUGCUUCAGUCAAUAAUGUAUCAUUUGUAAUGCCAACCACAGCUCUACUCCAAGCCCACCAUUUUGGUCAAUCAAAGGGUGUUUACAGUCCUUAUUUCCCAGUCAGUCCACUGAUCCCUUUUAACUAUACUGGCACACCACCGAACAAUACUAUGGUGAGCAAUGGAACAAAGCUAGUAGUUCUUCCAUUUAACACAAGCGUGGAGCUCAUCAUGCAGGACACCAGCAUACUUGGUGCAGAGAGCCACCCUCUUCAUUUGCACGGCUUCAAUUUCUUUGUUGUCGGUCAAAGUUUUGGGAACUUUGAUCCAAGCAAGGAUCCUGCCAAUUUCAAUCUUGUUGACCCCGUUGAAAGGAAUACUGUGGGAGUGCCCUCUGGAGGCUGGGUUGCUAUACGGUUUCUAGCAGACAAUCCAGGGGUAUGGUUCAUGCAUUGCCAUCUAGAAGUGCACACAAGCUGGGGCUUGAAGAUGGCUUGGGUUGUCUUGGAUGGAAAGCUUCCCAAUCAGAAACUGCUUCCUCCACCAGCUGAUCUUCCCAAGUGUUAACUUUCAAGGCUUCAAGCUGCUUUUCAGCUACGUUGAGACCAGAAACUUCCUGAUUAGUUUUUUUUGUCUUCGGGUUUUCUUUGUAACGGGCUUGUUUAUUUCUUUUCAGUGUUUUUUUUUCUCUCAUGAGCUUUAGUUUCCAAUAUCAUUUUGGUUACCAUUGUUGGAGUUGAGGAAGGAGACGAAUCUCGUCAAACCUUUUGAUUAUUUAAUUUGCAAGCAACAUUUUUCUAUUA